UCCCCUCACACGUUACGGAGGUCUGGAUCACAUUGGAAACACAUGUUACUGCUCUUUGGCUGUGUGCGGUUUGGCAACUCCGGAGGAGAGGACACUGAUGGGGGAUUUAACAGGCAGGGGAACUGAUCACUUGACAGACACACAUAAAGGAGAAGAAAAAGCAGGACGGGAACACUCGAGCAAAUAAAACGCCGCGUUUGGAGGCAGCACGGCCAGCAGCAGUGGGAGAGACAUAGGGGCAGACGCCGAGACGGACACACUAUCUUCUUAGAUCUGUCCUAUAGAGGAAGAGACUGUGUGGCCCCUUCUUGCACCUCAGGGUCUUCAUUUGGACAAACCACAGUCGGAGAUCAAUGCGGAGCACUGAGGUGGGACAGAAGGAAAGUUUAACGUGCAGUACAAAUAUUUUAACCACAGAAAUUAGCAGUUAAAGGAAACCAGAAGUCUCAGGAGGCGGGAUUACAGAGGGGAACCGUUUUGAUUAGAAGGAUUUGUUCAGAUCAUCUUGCUGGAGGCCCCGUAAUACCUCCCAGGCCUUCAGUCCAUUGGGAUUUGUUGAUAAAGAGUCUUCAAGGGAAUCCUAACUUCAGUUUUUUUUUUUCUUUUUUUCUGAGGUAAUUUCCAACUUCUAACUUCAAGUGGUGGUGUUAUUUAACGGGACACUUCAGGCUUCGGCAUCAAAGCUUCUGCAGUGAGAGGGACGGAGCCGGUCUGGGAAACUGAGUCAGAGAGGCAGUCGUUUCUUUUAAGUGCUUUCUGUCAGCGAGCAAAAAGGGCGACGGGUUCAUACUGCUGAGCGCUGCUGAGCGGAGACGGCGGGGCAGAGCCGAGGGAUGAUGAUGUUGACGAUGAUGAAGAUGAAACGGACCCUGUGCCGACUCUCCUGCCUGGUGACCCUGGUGGUGGAGCUGAGCUGGAUAGACGUGGGCCACGGCAUGCACCGGGAGGGAGCGAGUAGGGUGCGGUGGCAGUGGGAGAGAAAGGUGCGGUCGGCCUCCAGCCUGGACGAGUUGCUGAGGCUCGCGGACUUUCCCGACUGGCAGCUGUGGAGGUGUCGUCUGAGGCUGCAGCAGCCGGAGGGCCCCUCCUCUCUGCCUCCGGGGGGGUCACACCGCUCGACGCGCUUCGCGGCCGAAUCCUACAGCCUGGAGAUACUGAAAGCCAUAGACGAAGAGUGGCAGCGGACUCAGUGCAUGCCGAGGGAAACGUGCGUGGACGUGGCCAAGGAGCUGAGCACUGACCCGUCAAUGUUCUUCAAGCCGCCUUGUGUGUCCGUCCACAGGUGCAGUGGUUGCUGCAAUCAGGAGGGCAUCACCUGCAGAAACACGACUACGGUCUACGUGAAUAAAACUGUGCUCAGUGUCAUUCCAUUCAACUUUGUACCGGAGCCCGUCCUGAUAAAAGUAGCCAACCAUACGGAGUGUAGGUGCAUGGAGCCCGCCAUUAUACGGCGCAACGCCCAGCCUCACAGGAGCAGUGGCUGCUCCCCAACCAGCCAGCUCUCGGCGACAGAGGACUCCAGGAGACUUUGUGCCAGCGGGUUGAUCUGGGAUUGUUCCGCUGACAGAUGCGUACCUUACCCUUCCAGCACGCCAGAGUUUCCACUCAGUUCUUGGAUGCCCGACUGUGAAAUAGACGUGGAGCGCUGCGACUGUCUUCCCAGACCCGAGCCGACCCUGCAGCCACGACCUCACCAUCGCUGCCAUCUCAACUCCUCGUACUGUGACCACAUGAAUCUACGCUUUGAUCAGGCCUCCUGCAGAUGCAGACGGCCCAAGUAGAAGUCCACUGGGGGAAAUUCAACCACGACAACCUGCCCACCAGUGAAAUUGGGAGGCGGAGAGAAAAGGCUCAUAAUUUAUUUACAGUCUUAUUUAUGCUGAUCACUUUACCUAAUUAAGAUGAUGUUAACUCACAGGAUCGUGUUAAUUGAUUUAUUUUUAACAUUCUUACCUUAUGUUUCAAUCAACGUGUCCAGUUGACCUUUUUGUAUAUUUGUCCUUUGUGCACUGAAUAUGUAGUUUAUAUUAAAAGAUUAUUUUUAUAAGUGGAACUUGCUUUGAAUGUAUGAAUUAUUGCUUGACUCCUAAUCAACAUGUUUUUUUUUUUUACCAACAUCCCACUUUUUUUGGUCAAAUUUAAUGCAUUUGUUUUAUUUUCUUAUUCAGAAUCAGUGAGAAGGAGGCCUCACCUUCGUGCAGAGCUUUCCUUUUGCUUCAUUGGUCACAAAGGGCCACAGAAACCUAUCUUGAAUUGAAAUGUAAAGUGAAAAAUAAUAAUAAAAGGUAAUUGUUGUUACUUGUAAAAGGAAAGUCUGAUGCAGUCUGUAGGAAGCCCUCAAUAUUUGCUUUUCUACCAAACAAGGAGCCCAAGCAUCAAAUCAUUUGUGCCCUCGGAGUCAAGGUCUCUAUUCAGUGGAGAGUAUGUGAAUGUGUGGACGUAGAAGAGGGCUUUUCAUUCACGAUGCACACGCACAGACGGAGUAGUUUCUACAAAGGAGAGAAAAAAGUUGAUAGAAAACUUCAACACACUCACGGCCAUGAUGUUAGACAAAUUGUGCAUACUGUAUAUAUUAAAUACUGACUUUUAGGGUGAAUACUGUCGCAAAACAAGUAUUUCAUAUGGGUCAUCACUUUAGAUCAAUUAAUAGAGAUCUGUAUACGAUUUUACAAAGUUUUUUUUCUGUUGAUUAGUGUCACACAAAAAAUACAUAAUUUUCAUACGCACUGUACAACGACUGCUAAUAUAAGUUUGGAGUCAGUGCAUUGCUCUCUAUUUAACAUCUGCAAUUUUUUUAUUUGCCAGAUGGUGGCAGGCUUGAUAGAACUAUAUCUACUCCUCCAUAUGUCUUGUACUGGAUAUAUGUAAAGUAUUUGAGCUUCCAGGUGAAACUCCAUAUUAUCUCAUAAUGACCUGCAGCACAAACGACGCAGACUGAGUGGGCUGUAAAUACAGCAUCUCAUAAAAACCUCUCCGUCAUUUUUAAAUGUGUUUAUUUUACUUUUGUUGCUUGGUGCAUGUAUUGAUUUCCUGUUUCCCCAGCAUUGCAGCUGAUCUUUGACAUGUAAACAUUAAAGCACACUGUGCAUGCG